CUACCACGAAGCCAUCGCUCGCUCGCACCGGUCAAAACAGCCAGACACACGACGGCCCUCCGGCCACCUAUUUCCACUCAUUCCAACCUGUGGCCAAAGGUCGCGCCCGUGGCUGCUGCGCAUAUAUAGAGGAUUCAGUGUUUGACACACACGAACCAAGCAGCGUAGGGAAGAAAGAAAAGGGAUCGACCGGAGCCACCUCGCUUCUUGCCGUUCGGAUAGGAGAGCAACCAUGUCGGAGGGCACGGCGAACUGCUUCGACAUCCUCAUCGCCAUCAUCCUCCCCCCGCUCGGCGUCUUCCUCAAGUUCGGCUGCAAGCUCGAGUUCUGGCUCUGCCUCCUGCUCACCUUCCUCGGCUACCUCCCGGGGAUCAUCUACGCGGUCUACGCCAUCACCAAAUAGUAGUAACGAUAUCAGCACAGCAACAACAACAGCUCGGCCCGGAGGAACCGGUGCCGGAUGAUGUGCUGUGCCGUUUGGAGAUCUACCAGUUGUCCAACAACAACCCAGUCGAGCUUUCCUGUUCGUGUUAUGUAUGUACUACGACUGUAUGUAGCCUGUGCAAUGUUUCAUCUGAAACCGUAGCAAAACCGAUGUUCGACGAACCCCCGAUCCAUAUCUUGUUGUUCAGUUGAAAUUGUAGUAUCAUUCUGCAAGAUGCAUGUAUGAUUGCCUUUGGGAGGGUGUGCUA